AUGUCGAGCGAGGAGGACUUUGACAUGCCGCUUCUCGCGGCGGACUCCAGGGCAAGAUAUGAGUGGGCAAACAGCGAAAAGACCAAGAGGCGGAGGCCCGUUGCUCGGCUGUUCGUCAAGCUGUCUCUGGCAUUGUAUGUCAUGGUCACUGCUGUUCUACUCAUGGGACAAGUGCCCAAUCCUUGGUCGCCAGCUGAGCCGAGCCCGCCGCCAGCCGAGAGGCGCUUUGAGGAAUCUCUACUCCUCACUCUCAAGACGGGCUCCGCCGUUCUCUACAAUCGCAGCCCAGUUCAACUCAUGCACCUCUCUGCCAGCCGCAAGGCUCCGGCCAACGAGACCAGAUGGCACGAAUACAUCCCAAAUCAGCUCUUCUACUCAGAUGCAGAAGAGUGGGUUGGGGAUGUUCACAUCAGAGACGUUCUUCAGACCGUGGCGAAAGAUCCCGCUCGGCCCGGCGAUGUCUUCGACGAAUACCGACGACUUCAUAGCUCUCUGUCUAAUCAUCAGGACCCUUCUGCAUCUAGCAAAAGAGGCUCGGAGAGUCGUGGCUGGGAAUUGGACAAGUACAAAUUCCUUCCUCUUCACGCAGAUGCCGCGAGGCGCUUCCCUGAUGUCAAGUACACCGUUUCGGUGGAAGCUGAUACUUUCCUCUUUUGGAAUCAGCUGGUGAAAUGGCUGAAAGAGCGUGACAGGGAGGGUAAAGGUGCGGACGAGCUGAAGAUGUGGGGUAACGGCAAUUUGCUAGCUGCUAGUCUUGCUGACCUUGAAUACAUCAUGGGUCGUCCGUCCUGGUGGCAGGACAUCUCCUUUGCCCAUGGAGGUAGUGGCUAUGUCAUCUCGCGGGGCGUGGUCCAAAGCACCUUCGGGAGCGAUGCACAAUUCGAGAACAACGCCACUUUUCUCUCCUACUUGGACGACUCGUGCUGUGGUGACGCCGUACUGGCUCAAGCGCUCCAAGAACGCCUCCCAGGGUGGAUUCCACCUUAUGAUGAAUCCGAACCUCGCUUCAUCGGGGAAAGUCCGGCCCUGUUCAAUUUUGUGCCGCAUCAAUGGUGCGAAGCAGUGUUCACAUUGCACGGUAUCACUGCGUUCGAUUACGUUCGAUUGGACCGAUUCCGAAGGACUGUGGAACCUUUGCUUGCAGAGGACGACUACAUCAGGAGGGCGGAUCUGUGGGAAGCUCUCAUGCCAAUCUUCCUCAGAGAUCCGCCGCUGCCGCUAGGCCAAGACCCGAGCGGUGGUCUGUCAAUUGUCACGUUGGACGACGAGACUACGGCGGAAGAGUGUCAUGAGGCGUGUGUGGUGACUCCUACAGACGACGGCGAGUGUCUAAUGUGGACAUUUGACAAUUCGGCAAGCACCUGCUACCGCUCGCCCACCGUCUACAUUGGACAGGGCAAGGUCGACUUCACGACCGGCUAUCACAAGCAGCGUAUCGAUGCCAUGCGCGCGAGUCACGACUGCUCCGGCAGGCUAGGGAAUAUAGCUUCGCUGAUGGCUGAAUCUCAUGUCGCAUGA